CUUGCAGACGGUUUUGGUUCCUGCAUGUCCGCUGAGCCAACUAACCGGUAGUUGGUUCCUGCAUGUGCUGACGAGUCCCCUGGUCCAGCUGCUCAGUGGAUAGUCAGUUAUGGCAUCCCCCUCUGACUCAGCAGCAGCGGCAUCAGGUGCGGCAGGAAUGGCAGGGGCCGGUGAGCCCGACGAGUCCCUGUCGACGUGUGAGGUCUGCCUGACGGAAUACGACACCACAAGACGAGUACCGCAGAUACUUUCCCGAUGCGGUAAGAGGGACGGGCCCGGAGGAAGGAGGCUCUAAGAAUAUGCUGCGUGUCCAUCUCUGCAGGUCACACGUUCUGUUCCGACGUGAGCCACCAUGAUGCAUGCAGUGCACGCGAUACGACGACAUGCAUCAACAAAGGGCCCAUCGGCAUCCUUUCUUCUUUGCUUGCUCUUCAGUGCAUUGGCCACAUGCAGAAACUCCAGCCAGAAGUCACAUGUCCCAGCUGCAGGUUGGUGGGGCGGCACCGUCAGGCAGGAGGGAGCGCGAAGUAAUUGCAGAGAAAUACACCCAUUGGAUGUCAUGUGCUCACCAAUCAGGAUCGUGACUCCUGCCCAUGAAGUGCGUCGAAACUUUGCAUUGUGCCAGGUGGUCGAGCUCGCCCAUGUAGGCCUGGGCGGGCGGCAAGAGGCCAAACAGUGCAAGAGAGACGACAUCCCCGUCAACGCGUUUGGCGGUGAGGCAGGAGACAAGGGGGAGAGAGGGAGACAGGCCAACAAAGGGCGUCACUCAUCGCUUUUGUGCUGUGUAGAUGAGUGUGACGAGUGCGUGUGUCCCUCCUGCUACAUCACGCCUGACGCCCCGUGCUAUGCCCACAAGCGAUCGCACAUCAAGGAUGCCGUCAUGGAGAAACUAGAAGUCGCUAAGCGGACCAACGAGGUGAGUGAUGGAGCAUAGGCAUGUUGUCUCCUGAUUGUCUUCCUUCGUGUGUGUGUCAGCUUCUCCAGAGCAGCAGGACGGCGCUUCUUGAGAGAGGCACCCGCAGCGAAAAGGCCCAGGAGGUGAGCAAAUCGCAACGACACCAAUACGGAAAUGGGGUACGAUUUAUGGUGUGUCUCUGUGUGCAGCACUACCGGCGGUGUUUCAGCAACGCCGAAGACGAGGUCCGUUCGCAAUUCACGUGAGCAACCGGAAAGAAAGACAGGUCGACUUCCACGGAUGCCAGCCAAGCUUACUCUGCGUGGUGUGUGUAUGUCUCAGCCGUACUGAAGAUCGCAUCGUGCAGAAGAUCAGAGAGGAGAGGGUAAGCAAGCAGGGGAGAGAAUGAACCGCCUUGCGACUAAAUGGUCUCAACAGAUUGCUUGCUAUGGUGUGGUGUGUCAAUGUAUGUCAGCAACGGGCCCUCCGCACUUUGCAAGAUGAGUACCAGAAGGGCGUCUCAGCGUUCGAGCAGAGACGACAUGAGUCAGCCAAACUUCAGAAGAACAUCGACAACGCCCUCGCAAAGAUACAAACCCUCCUCGGCGACGCAGGUGCGUACCACCAGCACUUCAACAAGCCCUCAGCCCAACGUUGUCUUGACUUGAUUUCCCUUCACACCAGCCCGACGCGUUUUGGGAUCUGAGUCGAGCAGCAAGGCAGCUGCUGCCCACAAUAUCAGCACGGCCGAGGUGGAUCUUCUGGAGGCGCUCACGCAGAUAGAGGCCGACAUCAUCGGCGAGAUUGACGGUUCUACGACAAUCGCACCCGGCAGCGACAAUCGCACGCUACAGCAGCUGCAGAAUGGCGUUGGCACCCAGCUGCGGCCGGUGACUGAUCCAGCCCCGGGGACUGGCGGGCAGGCCACUGGUCAGGGAAGCAGCAACUUGAUCCAGCGGAUGGCAGCGCGGCUGACAGACGCAACGCCGCCCUCCUAUGCGUAAGCCCAUUGACCACCGGGACGAAUCGACGAGCGUGGUGGUGGUUGAUGGCGUGGGCGGGCGGGUGUGUUGUAUUGGUUGUGCAGCAUGUCUGUCCCUCGUGUAUCCCCUGUUCGUCGAGACCUGGACAGGGUGCUGGGCAGGAUUGUGGACAUCACUUUCACAGAUACCAACUGCAGCGGUAAGCUGACUACCAACAUAGAGACAAAUCAAAUGCAAUCAGGGUGUCGGGACGCGUGUGUUAAGAGGGCGACACCGGCAGGAACUUGGGCAAUGGACGGAGCGAGCAGGAGCGGAGCUCGACCGAGACAGAGGUGCGCAUGCCUCACACACACACACACACACACACACGCCGUGCGUCAUGCGGCCCCUCUUGCGUUGUGGGUGUGUGCAGGGCACACAUGGCCGCCGGCAGCGCGCAGCGGUCCGUCCAAUGGGUGUAUACGUGCCGCCCACGAACAGAGGCACGCCAUCGAACACCACCAACACAGAGGUGCGCGUGCCAUACACACACACACACACACACAGGAGAGAUCCAUCACGUCGCGCAUUGGGUUCGGGGGGUGGUUGUGGGUGGUUGUGCAGAUGACGUCUCAGCGCACCAACGGGCAGCCGACCAACAACGUGGAGCCGCCAUCCCGAAACCGAGACCGCGAAGGAGCGUCACAUGGUGUUUUCGCUUAUGCAGCCAAUCCGGUUUCCGAUCGCGAAGGCACAACAGCGGAGCAACCCAACACAAAGACGCCAAAGUUUCAGGUACGCAUUGCCGGCAGAAGACCAUCUUCGCCUCAUCACUUGUGCGCACGUCAUCCCUGUGCGUGACGGGCGAUUGUGUGUGUGUCUCUGCCCUGCAGACUCACGAGGAGGAGCGCGCACACUGGAACGCGCAGCGGGCCGCACACCAGGGGUAUGUUGCGUGCGCGUUGUGGCAUUGCCCGCUUUUCUCACACCUGUGUGUGUGCGCCUUCUCAGGAUUGGCGCGUUCGAGCACUUGGAUAUGCGCUUCCGUUUCAGAGAGAGCGGCGGAGGCGGCGUCGUGUACAAGAAGGUAUGUGCUCUGCUUUCAUCAACCCGUCACUGACAGACAGAGGUUCUUUCUUCCUCCUGUGUGUUCGACCGACAGGGGCCCCAGUGGCAGAAUCGCUCAAGGGGCCGACACUGAGAGCCGUUGGGUGUGUCAUGUGUGCUGCGUGGCGGGUGACUCCGGUGCUGUAUGAACGAUGUACAUACAUAUUGGCGUGUUUCUUGUACACACACUGAUGUCAGAGGGGCCCCAACCACGGGUGGGGUGUGAUGUGGGAUCGAUCCCUGUCUGUCAGCACAACUGCAUGAGUGGCUGUCUGGAGUCGGUUCGUGGAGGCUGGCAUGACUGUUUCCCGGACGUGCGUACGAGAUGAAGAGACAAGUGGC